CGGGACGAGUCAGGCAGCCUUCGCGCUGUCUACAACGUACACGAGGCUGAUGAUCACAAAAUUCCGAGGGAAGUAGUGAGCAUAAGAUCUGUCGGAGGAAGCAGCUCUAUCAUCCAUGGAUUUACUAGGGUCCUGCAAGGCAUGUUCUUGCCCGCUGGUUACCCAGCAAGCGUGUCUGGAGACUACACUCGAUACCAGGUUCUAAACGCUCUGCAAGGCUUCUUCAGCUCAUUGGGUGGACUAGUUGCGGCAAGAGCUGUGCUUGAAGGUCAUGGUGUUGGUUCCGCGGAUGCAUCCGCAACAAACGCUCUUCUGCUCACUAUAUUGCAGGACAUCUUCAGCCGUGUUACGGCGAUAUUGUCUGGCUACUACCUCGGGACCGCGCUAUUCCCAGAAGCGAAGACCUACCGUUUCCUAGCGGACAUAUGGAACGACAUUCCGCUUGUGCUUGACACGCUAUCCCCAUUACUCUCACAUGUUUCACUAGACUUCGUGUGGCUUGCAUUCCCUCCGUUCCUCCUGCCGACUCUGGUUCACCGGCCGGGACCGUGGCGUGGCAUUGCGCUCUGCUUCAGCGGCAUUUUCCGUUCGAUGUGCGCCGUUGCGGCAGCCGGGUCCAAGGCAGCUCUAACUCUGCACUUUUCCCAACCCGACCACGGGGCCGCCUCAGGCGAUAUCAGUGACCUCAGUGCGAAGGACGGCAGCAAAGAAACCGUCCUAGCGCUCGUUGGAAUGCUGUGCGGGUCCAUCAUCAUGCCUCUUAUCCAGACCCAAACGCAGACGUGCGGUCUGCUCGCGGUCAUCAUCGUCUUCCACAUCUACAUCAACUACUACGCCGUGCGCUCCGUCGUCUUUAAGUCCUACAACCGCCAGCGGACAUGUAUCCUCUGGAGCGCUUUCCGCAGGAGCGAGGGCGAGCACCGUUGUCUCGUACCACGGGAAGUCGCACGGCACGAACACCUCUUCCACAACCCCUCGACACUCUUCGACACUGACCUGUCCACAGGCGCGCGCCGCGUCAUCGGCCACUGCGACAUGGGCUCGCCGCUGGCGUCCAUCCUGCCAUGCUCGCCCGAUGCGCGGAAAGGCCUCUUAGCUCGCCGGCACCAAUGUCCUCGCUGGGCCGGCGCGGCCGAGAGCACGCUCGUCGGGAGCCUGCUGCAGGCGUUCGUGGACGAGAAGUACGUGCUCUGGUUCGACCCACACGCCGACCCGGCGGCCGCGGCCGCGCACCUCCGCGUCGUCCUCAAGACGGGCCACACCCCGCGCGACCAGAUGAAGGCCUGGGCGCACGCGUUCGAGCUCGCGAGCUGCCGCGCGCAGGAGGAGCGCCGCGCGGUCACUGACGUCGCGGGGUUGCUCGAGGAGGUGUGCAGGGCCAAGGCCGUCGUGGACGGCCAGUUCGAGGCCUUCGUCGUGCACACACGCAAGGCUGGCUGGGACGUGGACGCGGCUGCGGGCGGGUUCGUCACGGGUAUGCCUGCGGUCAUCGAAGUGUCAGCAGAUGAGGUGGAGGAGGAUAGGAAGAAGCGGUAGAGUUCUCGAUACAUUGUGGAUAUUUUUGUGGAUAUGGUAGACGUUGGCUUACGAUCAUUAGAUUCAUUUCAUGUCCUACAGGUAAAUAUACUAUACAUUGCUCAACACGUUAU